AAUAUAAUUUGGCAAUUUGUUAUAUGGAUGGAAUAGGCACACAAAAAGAUAAAGAAAAAGCAUUUGACUUGUUUUUAGAAUCUGCUAUUCAACCAUAUAAAUCUACUGUUAGAAGUAGGUUGAGGCGUAUAUUUAAAAAUGAUUUAGAAUCUGCGAUAUCAAAUAAUUCAAUAGCACAAUAUAGGGUAGCACAAUAUAGGGUAGGAUGUCAUUUUCAAUCUGGAAAAGGAGCGAAAAAAAAUAUAAUAAGGUCAUUUAAAUGGUAUUUAAAAUCAGCUAAAAAUGGAUAUGUAAAGAGUCAAAUUUGUGUGGAUCUUGUUAUGAAUGUGGUAAAGGAACGGACAAGAAUGAAAUAGAAGCGUUUAAAUGGUAUUUAAAAUCAGCAGAAAAAGAUGUAAAGAGUCAAAGUUACAUAGGAUAUUGUUAUCUAAAAGGUUAUGGAAUAGAUAAGAAUGAAACAAAAGCAUUUAAAUGGUAUUUAAAAUCAGCUAAAAAUGGAGAUGCAAUGAGUCAAAAUAAUGUGGGAUAUUGUUAUGACCAUGGGAUAGGAAUAGAUAAGGAUGAAACAAAAGCAUUUGAAUGGUAUACAAAAUCAGCUAUUAAAGGAUGUAAUGAUGGACAAUAUAA